UCCAGUUAACUUAAUUACUCAGGGGGUACAAAAAGUAACUGAGCGACUGUCUCUUGUUUUUCUCUUGGUAAAGAUACAGCAGCAGAGGAAUUCACUUUGGAGAAAUGGAAUGAUCUGUGGAUAACUGGGAUUUACUGCUGACUCUCGGACUGACUACUGCCUCCAUGGAGAUGGAUCUCACGGGCCCUUCAGGGGCCUCCAAGAGGUUGAGCCUGCGUGACGGCGGAGGCGCCACAGUGCCCUAUGGGUCCCUGGAGAAUGAAGUCCCGCCUCCACCGGUGGCAGGCGUCAGCACACCGAAACGCUCCUACAUCAUGGUGGUGGUGCUCUGCUAUGUCAACCUGCUCAACUACAUGGACCGCUACACCAUUGCUGGCAUCCUUGACAGCAUCCAGAAGUAUUUCAACAUCAACGAUAGCUCUGCUGGACUUCUGCAGACAGUUUUUAUCUGCAGCUUCCUGGUGUUGGCACCUGUGUUCGGCUAUCUUGGCGACCGUUACGACAGGAAGCUGAUCAUCAGUGUGGGCCAGGCACUGUGGAUUCUCACCAGCCUGGGAAGCUCCUUCAUUACAGAGAAGUACUUCUGGGUGCUGCUCCUCACGCGAGCUUUCGUUGGCAUCGGGGAAGCCAGUUACUGCACCAUCGCUCCCACCAUCAUUGGGGACCUCUUCAUCGGAGCUGAACGCACCCUCAUGAUUUCUCUUUUCUACAUCUUCAUUCCCGUGGGAUGCGGUCUGGGAUAUAUAAUCGGUCAUUCUAUUGCCACUGCCACAGGGGACUGGCACUGGGCACUACGGUUGAAUCCCAUUCUAGGCCUGUUAGGCCUCAUCCUGAUCCUGGUGUUCCUCUCGAACCCGGCCCGGGGAGCUGCGGAAGCCCCGACCACGAAGAUGACGCACACGUCCUAUGGGGAGGACGUCAAAUACCUCUUAAAGAAUCGCAGCUUUGUCCUCUCCUCGCUGGGGGUGACGGCCAUGACCUUCGUGACCGGGGCCCUGGCCUUCUGGACUCCCAUCUUUCUGCAGAGGGCACGGGAGGCAAUGCAUGGCGGCCAGCCCUGUGCGGAGCCCAGCUGUGUCUCCUCAGACAGCUACGUGUUUGGCGCCAUCACCGUGGUAACGGGCAUCCUGGGGGUGCUCAUCGGAUCCAUCGCCUCCCGGAAGCUGAAAGGCCGUGUGCCGCACGUGGACCCGUUGAUCUGCGCUGUGGGCUUGCUCAGCUCCUCGCCCUGCUUCUUCCUCGCCAUCGUGCUGGCCUACAUCAGCAUCCCGGCUGCUUAUGUGUUCAUCGCCAUUGGGGAGACCUUACUUUCCCUGAGCUGGCCGAUUCUGGCUGACAUCCUGCUGUACGUGGUGGUGCCUACGCGAAGGGCCACAGCAGAAGCCUUGCAGAUCACGGUCUGCCACCUCUUCGGCGAUGCAGGAAGUCCUUACCUCCUGGGACUUCUGUCUGACUGGAUAAAGAUGUAUCAGCCUGACUCGUUCACCUGGCGGUUCCGCAGCCUGGAGUACAGCUUCAUGCUCUGUCCCUUUGUGGGUGUCUUGGGCGGCCUCUUCUUCCUGCUCACCUCUCUGCAUGUCACCAAGGACCGGAAGGCUGCAGAGCUGCUGGUCACAGGACGGACUCCUCCUCCCCCUAACCUUCAGCCUGGAGCACCCAGCUGACCAGGUGACUGCCAGACAGUGGACCUCAGACUAGUGCACCCCCGUGUGGCUUCAGUGACUGAGCUGCAGGGCAGCACUACCGUAACCCCCCCCCCCCCCCCCCCCCAGCCGAUAAUCAGUGUGAAACGCUGUAUCACCCUUCACUUUAUGGAUUUCUAGUGUGUGUGUGUUUUUUUAUAAUGUUGGUUUAAUCAUAUCUGUGGUGCAGGUCCAUCAUGCCUCAGAACUGAUGGUCCUGCACCGUCUGAAUGAUUUUGGGAGGUUCUCAAAAAAGAUGAGAGCUGUCCUCAUUGCUAUGUAGCAUUUGUUUAACGUCUCGGUGUGAGAAAUGUGAGCAGGGGCAGGAGAGCAUGUCACUCCUAUCCUGCUGCUCUGCAAACCACAAGUGGAGCGGAAGCAUGAUUUCGGUAAAAACGAGGGGCAGGUUUUGGUAACUCAAAGCUGAAACAGCCCACCUGCUCUGGCCUCUGUCCCAGGUGCUGUUCUGGCCCAUUUUACCUUGCAUGCUUCAUCAUCAUUGAAUAUUUACCUCAGCUACAGCUUCAGCAUUUAAAAUGUCAUUUAUUCUUUUUAAAAUAAACUCAUACAGUGGCAGAAUCCCUGCCAUA